GCGUGAUGACGCAAGGCUACGUAUACAGAUCCCGCCCCUGGUACGUCGCUCAUUUCUGUAGUUGUUUUGUCAGCGGAACUCUGAUGUCCAGUUUGCCUUGAACUGAAGUAUAAAACAACGCAGCGAUGGGCACACGGACUUUGAAAGCAGUUCGAUGCCCAACAGAAGAACUCUCGUUAACCAACUGCGUUGUGAUAAAUGAAAAGGAGCCAAACUUGGAGCAACAUGUAGCUGUGUAUAACAACAAGCAUGAGUUUGUGUUCACCGUUAGGAUGCAUCAUGAAGUGUCCAUUGGCAGCAUUGCUUUCAGUCUGCCGCAGAGGAAAUGGGCAGGCAUCGUGCUUGGAGAUGACUUUAAAGUCACAAACUACAAGUUUGACAAGUCAAAAAGCUGCAUCAGCAACAUGACGGUGGAAAUCGACUUCCUGCAGAAGAAGUUGGUUGACAGUAACCCGUACGACACCGACAAGAUGGCCAGAGAGUUCCUGCAGCUCUUCAACAACCAGGCCUUCACUGUGGGCCAGCAGCUGGUGUUCAGUUUUUCUGAAAAGCUCUUCAACAUUGUGGUGAAAGACAUAGAAACAAUGGACGCCAGCAUCUUAAAGGGAAAACCUGUUUGUGAUGAUUUUAGGAAAAAGGUAAACUGUCCAACAACUGUCAGAUCCGUUCCUUUAAACCCAGCCAAAGCUUUGCUGCUUUUUCCUCUCAUGCAGGUUGGUUUGCUGCUGCCCAACAGUCAGGUGAUCUUUGAGAAGUCAGACAACUCGGCUGUCUUGUUGACAGGCAAAUCUAAAACCCGUGAGGCUCGCCAGUCCAUCAUCAGCCCAGACUGGAACUUUGAGAAGAUGGGGAUCGGAGGCCUUGACAAGGAGUUUUCUGACAUCUUCCGCAGAGCCUUCGCCUCCCGAGUCUUCCCUCCAGACAUCGUUGAGCAGAUGGGCUGUAAGCAUGUGAAGGGAAUCCUGCUGUACGGACCUCCAGGCUGCGGUAAAACCCUGAUGGCUCGACAGAUCGGCAAAAUGUUGAAAGCCCGGGAGCCAAAGAUCGUCAACGGCCCCGAGAUCCUUAACAAGUACGUGGGAGAGUCCGAGGCAAACAUCAGGAAGCUGUUUGCAGAUGCUGAAGAGGAGCAGAAACGGCUAGGUGCCAACAGCGGCGUGCACAUCAUCAUAUUCGAUGAGAUCGAUGCGAUCUGUAAGCAGCGUGGCAGCAUGGCGGGCAGCACGGGUGUCCAUGACACAGUGGUCAACCAGCUGCUGUCCAAGAUCGACGGCGUUGAGCAGCUCAAUAACAUCUUAGUCAUAGGUAUGACCAACAGGCCUGACCUGAUAGAUGAGGCCCUGUUGAGGCCAGGAAGACUGGAGGUGAAGAUGGAGAUCGGGUUGCCAGAUGAGAAGGGUCGCAUUCAGAUCCUCAACAUCCACACAGCCAAGAUGAGACAACACAGCCUGCUGGCCGGUGACGUGGACAUAAAGGAGCUCGCUGUGGAGACUAAGAACUACAGUGGUGCUGAGCUGGAGGGUCUGGUCAGGGCGGCACAGUCCACCGCCAUGAACAGACACAUCAAGGCCAGCAACACGGUGGAAGUGGACAUUCAGACAGCAGAGAAGCUGCAGGUCAGCAGGCUGGACUUCAUCGCUUCUCUGAAUAACGAUAUCAAACCGGCAUUUGGAACCAACCAGGAGGAUUAUGCCAGCUACAUCAUGAACGGUAUAAUCCGGUGGGGCGACCCGGUGUCGGUGGUCCUGGAGGACGGAGAGCUGCUGGUUCAGCAGACGAAGAACAGCGACCGCACGCCACUAGUGUCUGUGCUUCUAGAAGGCCCACCGGGCAGCGGGAAAACCGCGCUGGCUGCAAAGAUUGCUGAAGAUUCUCAGUUUCCUUUCAUCAAGAUCUGCUCUCCAGACAAGAUGAUCGGACACUCGGAGAUUGCAAAGUGCCAAGCGAUCAAAAAGAUUUUUGAAGACGCCUACAAAUCCCAGCUGAGCUGUGUGGUUGUGGACGACAUAGAGCGCUUGCUGGAUUAUGUCCCAAUCGGACCUCGUUUCUCCAACCUGGUGCUACAAGCGCUGCUGGUGCUGCUGAAGAAACCUCCUCCGAAGAGUCGUAAGCUGCUGAUCAUCGGCACCACGAGUCGGAAAGACGUCCUCCAGGAAAUGGAGAUGUUGGACGCGUUCAGCACCACCGUCAACAUCCCCAACAUCUCUGAGGGAGAACAGCUCAUGGAGGCGCUGGAGCUGCUGGGCUCGUUCCAGGACAAAGAGCGUUUGAGCAUAGCUAAAGCUGUUAAAGGUCAAAGGUUGUUCAUCGGGAUUAAAAAGCUGCUCAUGCUGAUUGAAAUGGCUGCACAGAUGGAUCCAGACCUCAGAGUCAGUAAGUUCCUGAGCCUACUGAAGGAUGAAAGAGCUCUGAGUCCUCAUCUACUAUAAUCUGGACCCAGCGGAGCCACAUGGUGAAAAUCCGCCUCUGAGGAACGGAAGCCUGAAAGAGGCUGGCAGGAAUCCUUCCCUGAAGCUCUCUGCAGCUCUGCUUUGUGGUGCAGAAACCAACCAGGCCUGCCUUCUCCUCCUCAGCACUACACGCACAUGUAGGAUCAGAGACGUGCUUGUGUCGAUGACUAAUCUGUGAUGUCCCCAGCGCUCCUUUGGGAUUUUAUUUAGAUAUGUUUAAAGAAAACGAGUCUGGGCAAACAAUGCACUUCCACACUGCAACAUGCUUACUCAAACACUAUAGAAGAUGUUUUAUCUGGAUGCACAGACGUGUAAUCUCAUCAUUCCUUGACAUGACUUGGUGUUCAUCCUGUGCUCUUGCUUUUGUCUGAUCUUUUAUUAUAAUAAAUAAUACAUAAUUAAAUUUGUUGCCAACAAGAAACUUUGUUAUGUUGGAAAUUAUUGUUCAAACCAUCAUACAUCAGACUUGGUAUUAAAUGGAUAUUUUGGA